CUCAUGUAUCCGGGACUAUUUGGUGGUGCGGUGGCUCUCUCUCGUGCACAAAUCGAACGGAUUCGAGGCUUUUCCAACGUGUUUUUUGGUUGGGGUGGUGAGGAUGAUGAUCUGUACUUUCGUGUACGGCAUCGGGGCUACAAAGUGUUUCGUCAUCCGAGCCAUAUCGCUCGAUAUACAAUGAUCAAGCAUCAACGGGAUAAAUUGAACCCGGUCAAUCCGGAACGGCAUAAUUUGUUGAAAAACUCGUCUCGACGCGUGGCGAAUGAUGGCUAUCCAGAAGCGGAGUAUACGGUACAAUUUGCCGGGCCGAAGUACAACGGUCUAGUCUACUGGAUCGCGGUCGAUUUGGAUGAGAAAACGAUAUACAAAAAAUUCAGUCUCGGUUUGUAUAUUCUUCUGUGUGUACCCAUGUGUGUAGAAGCAGAACGAUCAAGCGUGAGGUUUGGAAAGAAUGAAGGAGUUGUUUAUAUGACCGGUGGCUCACUGCGCUUCUCAUUUUUCAAACGCGAAUAUGUAUGGACAGUAUUCUUCACCUCCGCGCCCGUGCCCUUCAUCAACUCAACAUCGUCAGUUCGGAUUUGUCUACUCCGCAUUGAACCAAACUUCGGUGUGGGGCCGUUCCGAUUUCUGUGA